CUGCUAGUGGUGUGUGCGUGAGCAUAGUUUUUUUGCUCCUCAACUUCAAGGCGGGCACACGCGGUGCGUAAUUGUUCGCACGACCGAUACACAAGCUUGCUCCUCCCCGGAUUGGAUAGCAAACCGGACGUCGUUGUCUGCCAUGGAAGCGGCCUCCGCUGGCUAUGCCGAUUGUUUCGGCAGCGGCGGACCGAACCUAGUCGGUGGAGCCGCCGGAGUUGAACGUGUUCACAUGACAGCCGGCCAGAGUGUGCCAGGGGGAUGCUCUCUGACCGGGGCAGAUGGCAGCGCGUCCAGUGGUCUGCACAGUGGCGGCAUCGCACCCAAGGAGGAUCUCGGCGAUAUGACCUUCUUCAUAUCGAACUUUCCCCGCGAAGUGCUCAAAAUGAUGUUCAUGAUGCGAUCCCACCACAUGCUGACGGACGUGGUGCUGGAGGUGGAACAGGAAACGUUCGACGCCCACAAGGUCGUCCUGUCCGCCGCCAGCCCCUACUUCAAGGCCAUGUUUACGGGCGGCCUGAAAGAGUGCGAGAUGACACGGGUGAAGCUGCAGGGCGUCUGCCCGACGGCGAUGGCCCGGAUUCUGUUUUUCAUGUACACCGGCCACAUCCGAGUAACGGAGCUGACCGUUUGCCAGUUGCUGCCGGCGGCCACCAUGUUCCAGGUGCCGAAUGUGAUAGACGCGUGCUGUGAGUUUCUGGAGCGCCAGCUCGACCCAACCAACGCAAUCGGUAUCGCGAACUUUGCCGAGCAACACGGCUGCGAAACGCUGCGCCAGAAGGCGAACCAGUUCAUCGAACGUAAUUUUACGCAAAUCUGCCGCGAGGAAGAGUUCCUACAGCUCUCCAUGAUCCAGCUGAUAUGUCUGAUCCGGAAGGACGAGCUGAAUGUACAGGGCGAACGGGAUGUGUACGAUGCGGUGCUGAAGUGGGUCAAGUACGACGAGGAGAAUCGGUACCCGCGGAUGGAGCACAUCCUUUCGGCCGUUCGCUGUCAGCUGCUCACGCCCAGCUUCCUGAAAGAGCAGAUGAAGAACUGCGAGGUACUGCGAAAGGCGCCCGGUUGCCGCGAGUACCUGGCCAAGAUCUUUCAGGACUUGACGCUCCACAAACGACCGGCCGUUCGGGAGCGCAAACCCAACACGACGCGCAUGAUUUUCGUCGCCGGCGGCUACUACAAGCACUCGCUGGACAUGCUCGAGGGUUACAAUGUGGACGACAAGGUGUGGCUGACGCUGCCGAAGCUGACGGUUCCGCGUUCCGGGCUUGGGGCGGCCUUUCUCAAGGGCACUUUCUAUGCGGUCGGUGGGCGAAACAAUUCUCCCGGUUCGUCCUACGACUCGGACUGGGUCGAUCGGUACAAUCCGGUGACGGAAACGUGGCGCCCCUGUUCACCGAUGUCCGUGCCACGGAACCGUGUCGGUGUGGUGGUGAUGGACGAGCUGCUUUACGCGGUCGGUGGUUCGUCCGGCUCGGACUAUCACAACACGGUCGAAUAUUACGAUCCGGAAACGGAUCGCUGGACACUGGUGCAACCGAUGCAAGCGAAGCGGCUGGGCGUCGGAGUGGCCGUCGUCAAUCGGCUACUGUACGCGUUUGGUGGCUUCGACGGCAAAACGCGGCUCGCGUCGGUAGAGUGUUACCAUCCGGAGAAUAACGCCUGGACACCGGUUCCGCCGAUGUGCUACGGUCGCAGUGGGGCCGGUGUUGCCGCCUUGCACCAGUACAUUUACGUGGUCGGUGGGUUCGAUGGGACGAGGCAGCUGGCAUCGGUCGAGCGGUACGACACGGAGCAGCAGUGCUGGGAGAUGGUGGCCCCGGUGCGGAUAGCCCGUAGCGCUCUCUCGCUGACCGUGCUCGACGGUCGGCUGUACGCGAUCGGAGGCUACGAUGGGCAGGACUUUCUGACCAUCGUCGAGGUGUAUGAUCCGGUGCGGGACGUGUGGGACGAAGGUACCCCGCUGACGUCGGGCCGGAGCGGGCACGCAUCUGCGGUCAUCUACACGCCAUCGUGCAUCUCCAGCUACAUGGAAAGCUUGAACCUGGGUGAGGAGAAGCGCAACAACUCCGGUGGCCGACCACCGGCCGCCCCAGACUCUUCAUCCUCUCCGCCCUCAUCUUCCGGAGCUGGUGGUGGUGGUGCUGGUGCCGGUGGGUCUGGAGCAGGAGGCGGCCGGGGGGGUCCUAGAGAUGGCGGAACGGCGGAACCAGUCAGUGAGGAGGACGAGGAACAGUUUGCCAUGGAUACCGAUUCUAGUCAAGGGGAAUGUGAUAAGGAGGCCGCGGGCAGCACGGUGGCGUUGGAUCCGCAAAGUGUCCCACCCGAAGGGGCACCACCUCCUGACGUAUGGCUGGUCGCAGAACCUCAGUCGGCACCACCCCAACCAACGACGAUACCACCGGCUCCUUCGCCCCGGGUUUGUCUCGGCCGUGGUGGUGGUCCGGGAGGGGUGCUCCAAUGUGGACUAACGCGUCGCGUACUUUCCUGUCGCCGGUCGAAACGGAGCCAAGAGAAAGAUCGCAGCCAGCAGCCGAAGAGUCACAAACGCAGCUGUUCGGUUGGAAGCAACAAAAAUACCCUAACCGUCGCGCCGUGUACUAGUAAAAGCAAACGGAAAGCGUCCCUCAACUCGUCGCCCACCGAUGACUGUCCGUUGGUGCGAUUGGUAAAGAAGCGCUUCACCUGCUUCAUGUCGGCAAUCGUUUCGCCUACUUCAUCGAACAGCAGCCCGACGCCGGCUGUGAUGGCGAAUAACGCCUCGAUGCCAUCCCACGGAGACGCAAACGACGACGACGACACGACCUCCCGAACCCCUGCCGAACAGUGUUCGUUACCACCCGUGCCAAUUGCACCCUGCCCACCGGUCGUUCGUCGAACGCCCAGUUCGAAAUUAUGACACAAGAGACAGCAAUUAUGCGCCCACUUAAUGUAUCGUCUUAAUGUAGCGUCUUCUUAAUGUAUCGUCUUCCCGCGCUGUCACCUAACCGAGCUGUCGAUCUAGAAACGAAUCUGACAAACCAUGCAGAACCAAGGGGCUCCCUGCGAACGCAGCAGCACGACGCGCGUUUCCCCAGGUUACGGGCGAAAACGUGCAAUUUUUUGAGCUUCCAAAUUCCUCGACGACAUUCCGUUCAAUCGUAGCAGUCGAGAAGAACCAACGCAUAAAUACCAACGCAACCAACCAAACGUACUGUAGAAUAGUGAACGGGAGCAAAAGUAGGCGAGAAAGCAUAUAGAGAGAGAGGCUUCCGGAGUAAAAAAACACACAACAGGACGAUUUUCCGGUAUCGAAAACUCGCGAUACACGUCCCUGCCUCUAGGUUGCCUUCCCUGUUUAUACGUAGCGGGUAUCCGAUUGCAAAAACCCGAACUUUCCCGAAACGUUAACCACUGGCGGGACAUCGAACUUGUUCUGGGGUGUCUAUCGGUGUGUCUUAUACCGUGUAUAAGACCGAUGGAACCACGCUCGAACUAAUCUCGGACUCAUUGUCGUUUCCGGUGUGAGUUACACUAGUUUUUGUGAAG